GGCCCGUCUGGAGUCCGCAAACCCGCAGCUUCCCACCGCACUUCCCCGCAGGCUCCUCCCGGAGAAGGACGCCACUAUGGAAGGAGAGGUCAGGAUUACAGCCGAGGAGACUGGCACAAAGAGUGUUAAGUGACACCCACUCAGUCCACCCCUGAAGCUGUUACAAUUAAUUAAUCCUCAAACUGCCCGGUGAGAUAGUCACGGACUUGCUACAGGUCCGGGAAAGAGCAAGGAUUGGAUAUUGGAUGUUCACAGCUCUGCUUUUGAGUCUUGGGUCCUCCACUGUUGCCUCCCCCUGCCUCUCGUGGCUCCUGGCUGAUUUUCGGUGGCACCGACAGCCAGCUACGCCCCCUUUCCGAGUUUACAGGCUGGUGACGUACAUCUUCGUCUAUGAGAACCCGGUCUCCCUGCUCUGCGGUGCUAUUAUCAUCUGGCGCUUUGCUGGCAAUUUCGAGAGAACCGUGGGCACCGUCCGCCACUGCUUCUUCACCGUGAUCUUCGCCAUCUUCUCCGCCAUCAUCUUCCUGUCGUUUGCAGCUGUGUCGUCGCUGUCGAAGCUGGGGGAGGUGGAAGACGCUAGAGGUUUCACCCCCGUGGCUUUUGCCAUGCUGGGAGUCAACUCUGUCCGCUCUCGGAUGAGGAGGGCCCUGGUCUUUGGCAUGGUUGUGCCCUCGAUGCUGGUGCCGUGGCUGCUUCUGUGCGCCUCCUGGCUCAUUCCCCAGACCUCAUUCCUCAGUAAUGUCUGUGGACUUGGAAUUGGGCUAACGUACGGCCUCACCUACUGCUACUCCAUCGACCUCUCUGAGCGCGUCGCGCUGAAGCUCGACCAGAAGUUCCCCUUCAGCCUCAUGAGGAGGAUUUCGGUGUUCAAGUACAUCUCGGGCUCUUCGGCCGAAAGAAGGGCAGCCCACAGCCGGAAGCUGAACCCCAUGCCCGGCUCCUACCCCACACAGAGUGGCCACCCUCACCUGUCCCCGAGCCACCCUGUCGCCCAGAUGCAGCACGCCAGUGGCCAGAAACUAGCUGCCUGGCCGGCUUGCUCUCCUGGCCACAUGCCCAGCCUGCCUCCGUACCAGCCAGCCUCCGGCCUGUGUUACGUACAGAACCAUUUUGGCACAACCCCCAACUCCUCCGGCGUCUACCCGGCUUCCGCGGGUGCCUCCCUGGGGGUCCAGCCCCCCGCCCCCCUCAACUGCCCUGGCACUGUGUAUUCUGGGGCGCUGGCCACGCCGGCGGCUGCAGGCUCCAAGGAGUGCUCGAGGGUCCUGAUCCCCUGAAAGAGAAUUGCUAGGGAAGUUGUCUCGCAUCUUGGCGUUCUGAAGAAGGUCCUCUCUGAACGGAGCCAAGAUUCUCUUGACAAAAAAUUAUUUAUCGAACACCUCUAUGUGCCAGGCUCUGUGUUGAGUAUUUUGAUAUAUAUCCCUGUUGCAGUCGUCAUGACAGCUUUGUGAAGUGCAUUUGAUUGUCCCCAGUUUACAGAUGCAGAGGGCAAGACGCUCCGUGAUUAGGUCCCAUAGUUCCGUAGCGGCCCAGCUGGGCUCCUUGGCUCCCACCCGCCGCACUGCCUCCCGAAGAACGCCUGGGAGAAGAGCGCCCUGGGGUGGUCGGUGGCUGCCAGGGGCUCGUUCUAGCUCUGCAUUUCCUGCCUGUCUUCGUGUGUGGUGCUCUUGGUUCUAGUGUCCGUGUGUCUGUGUCUGCCCUUCGGGAGCGCCUAGCUCAGCAGUCCUGGGGCCCGUGUAGUGUCACCCCCCCACCAUGACCCCCCCCCCCCAUUGCCUUCUGCCCCAGGAGUGGUGAGGAGGGCCAUUGCAAACCGCGGUGGCCUGCUGGUGGCACCACAGUGUUGAUUACCUUUGUAUAAAGAACCCGCCUCCAA